AUGUUUCCACCACUUGCUGCCCAGCGUACAGUGGAACAAGAUAUCAUGGCACUCCCACCAACCACAGUGGCAAAUUCCAUCAAGACCCCAGAGACCAUGAAGACCGCUCACCUGGCCUCUGCUGUGUUGCUCUUCAUCACCUUCUUAGUGGGUGUGGUGGGGAAUGGGCUGUACCUGUGGGUGCUGGGGCUGAAGAUGAGGAGGACGGUGACCACCCUCUGGUUCCUCCACCUGGUCUCCUGCUACCUCCUCUUCACCCUGCUGAUCCCCUUCUUCGCCAUCUACAUCCUCCUGGAUUUCCACUGGGUCUUUGGCAUGGCCACCUGCAAGCUUCUUAAUGCCUUCAUUUCCAUGGGCAUGUUCUCCUCCGUCUUCCUUCUCACACUCAUCAGUCUGGACCGCUACACCCUCAUUUACCAUCCCAUUUGGUCCCGGAAUCACCGCACCAUGCCCCGGGCUUGGAAGCUGGCUGUGGGAGUGUGGCUGGCCUCCUUCGGUCUCAGCGCUCCCUACCUGGCUUUCCGGGAGACCCACGUGGUGGAUGGGGGCAGGAUCACCUGCAUCAAUAAUUACAACAUCUCUGGAGACUGGAACGGAACCAAGACGCAGGACCUGGGCAGAAGGGUCCACCUAGCCAUCUUCAUGGUCCGGUUCCUGCUGGGUUUCCUGAUGCCCUUCUGCACCAUUGUGGGAUGCUAUGUCUGCGUGGGGCUGAAGAUGAAGGAGAAGAAGCUGGCGUGGGCUGGAAAGCCCUUCAAAGUCAUGGUGGCCGCCAUGGUUUCCUUCUUUAUCGGCUGGCUGCCCUACCACCUCUUCCACGGCUUGAAGCUCUACGAGAAGGAGGUGCCAGAGUCAGUGACGGGUGCCCUCUUGGUCAUUUACACCUUCACGUCCUGCUUCAAUGCCUCCUUCUCCCCCAUCCUUUACCUCUUUGUGGGGGAGAAGUUCUGGAAGGUCUUCAGGACGUCUCUUUUCACUCUGGUCAAAGCAGCUUUUGUUGACGAUCUCAGCAGCAGUGCCCCUGCGUCUAGUGGAAGACACGGGUCAGAAGUCAAGAACACAAAACAGGAAAUGGUCUGA